CCGAGCCAUGCCAUCUGACCAAUUCAAAUUAAUUGGACUCAUUCUUCCCGCCUUCAGCAUCGUUGGAUUUUUCUCCACGUUAAAUGCUGAAUAUCUAUUUCCCCAGCUUUGAGGAUUAUGUGGUUAGGGCCAGAUACUACUACAGACCUCAAGCACUCCAAAUACAGGAUCCCCGUCGUUAGUCAAGCCCUUCAAGGUUGUGGAGGUUAAUUCGCUAUCAGGUUUGAAGGCCGGUCACCGUUCGUGCUUGUUGAUGGCGGAUGAGGCGUUUGUCAUAACAGAUCAGGAAAGACUUGAUCGCCUGAAUAAUGAAGCCAGAGAGAAAAGGAACAGAGAUAUACCCUUUACUCCAGACAUUUCUCAGCCAUUUUAUAACUUUGUUGAAAAAAUUUUUGGAACUGAGAAACCUUACGAGGCUGGACAUGGGUUCCCUUUAACUUACGCAUCUGGAGGAAACUUUCUCCACCGCCCUUUCCUAGAUUUCCCCGCCUUACAGAUGGGCACAUCAUGGUUUACGAUGCAGAAUGUUUUUAGUUCAAGAUUUUGCCAAAUCAUGGAGCGUGACUUCUUCCGCUGUGUUGCAAGAGUUGGCCUUCAAAAUACAGACAAGCAUUGCAAAAUGUACUGGGAAGAUUUGCUUGAAUGUCAGAACCAUGAUAAAGCUAAAAAAAGAGCUGUCAUGAUGAAAAAAGUUAGAGAGGUAAAGAAAAUGGAGCCAAUGGCCACUCUGCCGUACAGCGCAUUUAAAGACCCCGACUUCUGAUGACAAUUGACUUUCCAUGUUCAUUUCCAGUGAUAUUUAUGAAUGACAGUUUGUUUUAUUAGUGUAGAUCUACGUCCUCAAUCUGUGACUAGUAAAAUCUUGUUUGCUUCCCGUACUGUUUGUUCAACAAUAAACCAAUUUAGCUCUCAAAGUAGUCUGAUUGAUACAUAUGUACACAAGGUUUUCGCAUUCAGCUUACAAAAAACAAUUCAUCGUAAAGCUUCUAAGCUGUUGCAUAGAACAAGAAAUUCUCAGCCAAUUGUCGUAGUCUGCUUUUCAACCAUAUCGACAAUAUAAUCUUGGCUACAGUUCGAUUAUCCAAAGUUCUGAAAUGCAAAUGUCGAAAACCUAAUGGGCUAACUGGCUGUCCGACCGAGUUUCCAGUGUAGUCUUGUCGGCCUUCAAAAAGAAUGGGGGACCCUUAUCUUUCAGCAUUAAGAUUUUACCAUGAAAAUUGAACUCACUAGAGAUGCUUUCGCUAUUCACAACAUGACCUAAAAACAGUGUUUUUUAGUUUUUUUUUAACUUAACGGACAUCGUUAAUUGACGAAAUUAGAGUCGUACCCCCUGAUACGUUGUUUUAUGACACCGUGAUUCAUGUAGCAUAUAACAUUAGACUAUGAAAACAUCGGUUGCCAAAUAGCCGUGUUAGUAAAUUCAGACUAUCUUAUUUAAGUUCUCAAGACAACUGCGAUCACUUGUCAAAGAUAAUGUGUAACAUGGCUUAGAAUUACUGCUUAUACGCUUACUACCUUUACCACUACGGGAUUUGAAUCGAUAAUUGUAUCUGUGUGCUAAUGCAUUAUGGCAACUCGAACUGAUGUACGUACGUACGAAGUUCUGCGUUGUUACUGACUGACUGAGAAUAAAUUUUGAUUGCGUAGAUGUAUUUACUCUUCGCAUUCAUGUCUUCUCGUACUUUUUGUCUAUCAGCAUCAUCUCUUUUAAAACUAUAUUCUUUAGUAUUUAGCUCUUCUCAUUAUCAGUGAUAAUACCAUUAUUUCGGGUCUUUCACUAUUUCGUGAUUUUCACUUUGCCGUGCUGAUUUGGUCAUGAGACGUGGACCUACUUGAAUUUGUACCAAGCUCUGUGUCCGUCAUAACUGACUAACUUCGAUGCGUUCAUGAAGAAGGACGAGACAUUCUUUAUGCUCUGUUUAUCAUUCUAGUUUGAACUAUAAGUAGGCAUGAGUAAAGCAUUUAAUAGUCUUAUUUAUAUAGAUUGUUUUUGCAGGUAAAAAUAUUAGUCUUCAUAUUUUUUUUCAUCGCAUAACCAAAUACCUUGUUUUUAAUUACUAAGUUGACUAUUUGCAGAUCUCCCAGGUCGAAUUAAGCAGCUCCCUUGUACCUCGUUAAAAUAAGCUUGGAUCCAAAUACGUAGGCUGCAAAGCCUCAAAAUUACUUUUAAUCAUCAAACAUGCCAGACAAUCCCACAUUUAUGUUUAAAUUGGUUGUCGAUAUUUCGGUAUAAUUAUAGUCAUGAUUAUAAGGCGUCGACUGCAUGGGCAUAGUACUGCCUAAGCUGUUUAAGUUUUUCCCUUCUGUUGCAUCGGUGCUUUACUUCCUGACUUGUGUUCGUGUUUAAUUACUGUAGUGUCAGUUUAUGGUACACCCCGAACCAUCAGUUGGUUCUUAUUAUGACGUUUCUACGUGUAAAACAAAACAAAAUGCGUUUUUUUAUUUACAUUAAAGUUUCUGCAGAUAAAUCUAGGAAAUUUCAUGUUUUAUUUAUGGGAAAUUGACAACUAUUUAGGAAAUGAAAUAUCCGGAUUAUACACUAACCAUUAUUUCGACUUAUGUCUAGUAAAGGGGGUUAUUGGGGAUUUGUUUGAUUUUUGAGUGGUAUUCGUCACAGAUUGACUUAGGUUGUGCUACCAUUAAAGACCAUAAAGAACUGAUUAACUGUUUUGUUCUGGUUUCAUCCUUAAAAGUAGAGACCCAUAACCCACUCAGGCAUCAGAUUUAGGACCUACAAGUCUCUUUGAGAGGCCUUGAACACUAAUUCACUUAAUUGGCAUCCAGUGGCAGACGUUUUUUUUCGGCUUCAUGAUAUGACUCGACGAUAUCUAGUGAUUAACACCAGGUAAACACACAGUCACAUAUGGGUGUCCAGACCAGUAUAUUUGGAUUUUUUAGUACACAAGACUGUUUGGUCGCGUACAAAAACUAUGACAUGCAUAAAAGUCGUUAGUGAAGAUAACAGGAAUGUGGUGCGAAGUACAUAGUAAUUAACUUGGACUUCAUUACAUUCAGAAAUGUAAGACAUGACGCGUCUUCUACAGAUGUAGUUAAUGCUGGAUGAACUAGAUCACAGAAAUUAAAAUCAAGAGUGUAACCCAGCAACUCGUGUAACUUCUAGAUGAGUGCUUUAAGUUUUAGCAAGAAAUAGCCAGUAGAAUCCAGACAUGUUGGAGUGAUACAGUCAUUAUCAAUGACAUUAGAUGAUCGUCGGUUUAUAUCACCGAAUGAUUAGAACUGAGAUUUUGUUUCAUUAAUCGAAUGUUUAGGCGUUCGCCUCGAGGCCUGUAGAUCUUGAAUACAGUCACUAGAGAGAGGGUCAUAGGCGACACUCGAGGAGUCCUAUACUAGGACGAAGCGGCUAUCUAGUGUUUCUUGAAUUCUAACGGUAUCUCACCUGAGGUUGUUUUGGGCUUGACCCCCCCUACACAUUGUAGCAAUCUCCGCUAAACAUAGGUCUUAAAAUUGUUUAAGUAUGUGUGGCAAGUUGAUCAUGAGGACAUGGUCAGACUACCCAUUUUCUCAAAAUGUCUUUAAAAUUUGGAACCAAAUACAAGUGGUGCCGUCAAAUCGCUUAGUUGAUUCAGAGAUUGCUAUAUAAACGUAAGGCCGAUAUACUUACCUCAUACACCAAUCCACUGAUUUAUACCGAAAAGCAAUGAAAUGUAAAGAUUAAUACAAUUAGGUGUAAACAAGCAUUUGUUGGAUCAGUAUCCGGACGGUUCAGUCACUUAACGUCCAGACAUCGCUUGAAGUGAUCUAAGUAGCUAAUAAUUACCUCGUUGACGUAAAUGAAUCAUUUAGUAGAUAGUAUGUGAUUUUGAAUAACUUGUCUCAAGUAAUGGUGGUUCUUGCGUUUUGAAAGCAAUCAAUCCUACAAAUACAAAGUAAAGAGGCUUUGCUCCAAGUUUGCAUAAAGGAUUUCGUAUUACGCUAAAUAAGAAAAUAUUAGCAAGUAGGUCACCGGAAAAACAGGCGGCACGAAUUACAAUGAAGAUAUCGUGGUAUGAAUCUAUACAUAAUUAUCAGUGACAACUCAAAAAGCUUCCGAGAAUAUAUCUAUCUUAUUACCUUUGGAAAAAAGUUAAAGAUCUGGAUUGUUUCCUUGAGUUUGUUACUACUAAACUCCAACGUAAAACCGAAUAACUACUCGAUCCGAUCUUUUUGUUCAACGGAAACGUUCAUAUUUCAGUACGACGAUGAAUGUGAUUACGUUAUUUUGAAGGUAUCAGUCUUGAUGAUAUCUGGAAGUAGUAUAAGGUUUUAUGCUGAGCCUUAUUUUCGAUUCACUAGUCAGGAUCAGUGGAUUUCAGGAGUGGCGGGGGCAAAAUGUCACCAGUGAAUGGCCGUCUGAUAAUAUCACUAAUUGAUUAGAAUUGGAAGUGUGUGCCAUCGGAUACCAACCUAGUGCUCUUGUAAUUAAAG